AUCUUAGCACUGAUCACUGUCUUAUCAGUACUCACUUGACCUUCGGUGUUGUGUGGAGAUUGUCAGUGUUUUUUAGCUAUUCCGUCACCUCACCUCUCCACUGUGGGCAAAUUUGCGGCCGAUAACGCGUUCCUCGAAAAAGCGACCAGCAUCACGACCACCUUCGUCUCAGCUCUUCGAUAUUCAAGAAGAAAAAGAAGAAUACUAA